AUGGGCUUGAGCAGGAAGUUGUGAUGGAAAGAAGGACAGAUGAGAGUCAGUUAGUGUAAUAUUCACCAUGGAUGAGGUCCUGCGGCUGUGUGUCUGCGUCUCACUCACUUUAUUCAUCACUAACGAGGCCGUCGCAGUGCGGAGAGUGUUUGUGCCUGAAGAUCACUUCCUGGUGUUGUCAUGUGACGGCCAAUCGGACGUGAAGUGGAGACAUGGAGGUGACAGGCUGAUCAAUGUGAACAGUUCCAAGCAAAAACUUUUUCCAGACGGCACGUUGUACAUCGAUGAUGUGGAGAUGAGCGACUCAGGCUUGUACUUCUGCAACGACGAACUCAUGGCUCACGUCACCGUACUCACAGAUUAUAAUGUGGUUGUGUGUGAAGGUGGAACUCUGUACCUGCGGUGUACGCUCCCUAAACAGCGCUGGGCUUUUAAAAACCCCACUGACCCGAGGAGAGAGUUCAUCUCCACACGCUUCAAGAACGGAACGGUUUUAAAAGAACGUCCAGACCCGGACUCCCGCUUCACACACAGCUUAAAGCAUCUACAGAUCCAAAACCUACAGCAGCUCGACUCAGGGACGUACUUCUGCAGCGGCAAAGACAUCGCGGUGGUCAAUGUCACGUCAGAGAGCGACACACUCCACUGUCCUGCUGCAGAAACAACAGAAUCAGGAAGUAACGUCCCUCACAGGCCUGGAAACGUGGUGCUGGUUGCAGUGCUCGCUCUGUGUGUGUUAGCCGUUGUUACGGUCGUCUUGCUCCUGGUAAUCAUGUGCCUGAAGUUCAGCAGCAGAAAAAAGCCCACAGCCUCCAAGCCAGAGGAAAGUGAGAGACAGCAACUGCAGGAGACACACUCUCAGGACGCUGAUGCAGUCACGCGUCUCUCGGCAGAUCGACUGCGGAGCGGUAAUGAUGAGAUCCACUAUGCGUCACUUGGGAGGCAGAACUGGAAACCACGAGGCUGGAAUCAACAGAGCAGGCAGCAGGUCAUCUACUCUACACUGCUGCUGACUCCUAAACACACACCUACACACACUCCAUAGAACACACACCUACACACACACACCAUAAAAAAUGUAACACACAGUGUAUAGAACACAUACAUAUAUAACCUGCAACCCCCCCACAACUACACACAGUACCCAGAACAC